ACCGUGGCUGUUUUGUCAUCUCUCGACGGGAGUCUCCCGUCUCUUUUUGCCCGGCAGGUUCCCACUCGCAAGUCCAUCCCAAUUCUUGCCCUGGCCUCUCCUAGUCCACCCUCCUCCUCCUCUUUCCCUCCGUCCACUUUCUUCCUCCCGCUGCCCACUCAAUCACACCACCCAACACGCAACUCUCAAACCCGCAACUCGCCCCCCCCGACCGACCGAUCCUCACCGAGAAAAAAUCCAUUCAGUCUCGCCUUGAUCGUCUUCGAUCUACGACUUCUUCUUCCCUGCGGCGACGAUAUCUGUGCACAUCCAUCGCCGCAUUCAAAUCUUGGCCAUACUUUCCACGCAGCAGGCUUUCUGCACAGACAAACCAAAAGGGUUGUAACGGGCGUCGCAGCCCCGGAUUUUGGCACCAUCCCCCGCGUUUCCCUCCCAGCGACUGCAUACAGAAAGGGCCGAAUACACUCUCCAUCGCUCACCAACACACCAACACACUCCACGGAUCGCUUUCAGAGUCCGAGACGGCAGCUUCCAUCACUCUGCACCCUCUCUUAUCAAUCCUCUUCCCCGCAAAACUCAAUCAACGCCCGCUAG